GGGGGGGGGGGCUGGACUUAUUUGCGCCUCGUUAAUCCAUUGCUGAGAAAACACCUUUCAAAAGCGGCUUACAUUUUUUAGGACACUCGAUAUACAAUCAAUCUCGACAGGAUACAUCUGAUGACAAUAACCGGUCAUUGCUCAACAGAUAAAGGAUGGAUUGGAUUGACUGCCAGGAUGUGGUACUGCCCUGUCAACUUGUAGAAAGUUACGUGAAGGGAGAGAGUAAAGUGCCCUUGUAUAAGCAUAGUAUUGGAGAGUCACUGAAAAUAGCCGCAGAGAAGAAGCCCGACCAUGUUGCAGUCAUAUAUGCAGAAGGUGAUGUACACGUCACGUGUAUUCAACUAUUACAACAGGUGAACAUAUUAGCCAAAGGAUUGUUAGGACUGGGUGUCACCAAGGGUGAUGUCAUUCUCGUCAGUGGUGAUCACGGUGAAAAUUUCGCUACUCUAUUAUACGCCAUUACCAGUAUCGGGGCUAUAUUUUUCAUGCCUUACAUUUACGAGCCAAAACAUUAUCAUUUAAAAACUAUGAUAAAUAAAAUAAACGUCAAGAUGCUUAUAACAAAUGAACGUGAUUCCUCGAUGAUUGAUGCAUUGAAGAAAAUAGAUCCAGAUGCUGUGGUAAAAAGUGGACACGUCAACAGAUGGGUUAACGUUUCCGAGUUUCCUUCACUUAAGGCGAUUGUUGUUGGGGAUGAUAACGGUAUGAUGGGUAUACUUCCAAACCCCAUGAUAUCGGAUGAACAAUUGAUAGAAACACAGAGUAUGGUCACUUCAGACGAUCCUGGAUUUGUUUUCUUGUCUACAGGAACAACUGGAGAACCAAAGGCAAUCUUGUCACACCAGAGCAGCAUGAUGAAUGAAAUAUAUCUCACACUAUGCCGAACAAACCGACAUGGAAAAGACAUGAUAUUAGCUGUUGAGAAUCCAACAUGUGAAGACGUGUUUUGUAUAGAGGCUAUACUCGCAGCGGUGAUUGUAAGCGAAUUUACCGAUAUAACAUGCGUGAUUACUCCCGACCACGUUCCUCGGGCUGGUUUUAGUGACGUCAUUGUUGGUGCCAUGGAGACAUAUGGUGUAACCCAUGCUCAUAUUUGGCCGUAUGUUUGGCGAGACAUAAUAUUAUAUGGUACAAAAAAUGGGAGUACUCUCGCAAAACUCAAAGGAGGAAUAACGUCAUCGCAGCCACUAGCAGUUGAUACCGUAAAGGAAUUCAUAAGUCUCGCUCCUGAAUUUGUGAAUUUCUAUAGCACAUCAGAGGCGGUGGCUACAACGAGUAACUUUGUAGAU